UUCUCCUGCAACCCAUAAAGCCCCAAGUCCCAACACCAUGGCUUUCUGUGUCACCCGCUGCUGCAGUGUCCCUACCGGCCCCGCCACCACCAUCUGCACCUCUGACAAAUGCUGCCGGUGUGGAGUCUGCCUGCCCAGCACCUGCCCACAUGAGGUCAGCCUCCUGCAGCCCACCUGCUGCGACCCCUGCCCCCCACCUUGCUGUGAGCCUGACACCUAUGUGCCAACCUGCUGGCUGCUCAACUCUUGCCACCCGACGCCAGGACUGAGUGGGAUCAACCUGACCACCUAUGUCCAGCCUUCCUGUGAAGGUCCCUGCGAGCCCUGCUGUUAACCAGCCAAGUCUUCGCACAGCUCGGUGACGCAGCUGCUCAACACCCUCCAUGUUAGCCAGCCUUCAACACUCCACUGCUGCCUACAAUCCAGGGGGAAGCCACCCCAGUUCCCAGGACCGUCUUUUCAUGAACUUGCUCAACUUCUCAAUUCUCUGCUGCUUUGGGUACAUUUGGAGACCUCCAUUCUAUCUUUCAGGCUACUUCAUUGCUCUUUGAGAAAUGAUCGCUUUGACUAUUUUUUAAUAAACUCCAUUCUGGCUUAGCAAA